UUUCUUCCCCUAAAUACUGUCACUUCCCUUCUCUAUAAAAACUCAACCACAAUCCUCAAAACCAAAUACUAGUUCUUUCUUCUACCCAAAAAAAUCUCAUUUCUCUGUUUCCCUAAGAUCCAGGGCAUGGCUACCUUUACACUUCUCUCUCUCUUUAUUCUCCUCUCUUUGCUCUCUGUUGCUCAUUCUGGAUCCAUUGGAAUCAACUAUGGCCGAAUCGCAAAUAAUCUCCCUCCACCAGCCCAAGUCGUUCAGCUCCUCAAAACCCAAGGCGUUAACAGAGUCAAGCUUUAUGAUACUGAUUCCAAUGUUCUCACAGCCCUUUCUGGCUCUAAUAUAUCAGUUACUGUUGCUCUCCCCAACGAGCAACUCGCUGACGCUGCCGGAAAACAAUCUUUCACUGAUUCAUGGGUCCAAUCCAAUAUUCUAACUUAUUACCCAAAAACCCAAAUAGAAUCCAUUGCUGUAGGAAACGAAGUUUUCGUAGACCCGAAAAAUACAACCAAAUUUCUCGUACCUGCCAUGAAAAACAUGUACGCAUCUCUCGUUAAAUACGGCGUCGCUCAAUCAAUAAAAGUUUCAUCCCCUGUAGCUCUCAGCGCGCUGGGAAAUUCCUACCCUUCGUCCGCCGGUUCUUUUAAACCGGAUCUUGUCGAACCCGUUAUUAAACCGAUGCUGAGUUUCCUCAAACAAACAGGUUCUUACCUCAUGGUCAAUAUUUACCCCUUUUUCGCGUAUGCUGCUAAUACGGACACGAUUUCGUUGGAUUAUGCUUUGUUUAAGGAUAACAAAGGUGUAACGGACCCGAAUAAUGGGCUUGUUUACAAAAGCCUGUUUGAGGCCCAAAUUGAUGCUGUUUAUGCAGCGAUGAAAGCUGUGGGUUUUGGUGACGUGGCAAUGGCGGUUUCUGAGACUGGCUGGCCUUCUAAAGGUGAUGAAAACGAAGCUGGUGCUGGUGCUGAUAAUGCUGCUGCUUACAACGGUAAUUUGGUUCGUAGAGUGUUGACUGGAAGUGGGACCCCUUUAAAGCCCAAUGAACCUCUUGACGUGUUUUUAUUUGCUUUGUUUAAUGAGAAUCAGAAGCCCGGGCCCACUUCUGAAAGGAACUACGGGCUUUUCUAUCCUAAUGAACAGAAAGUUUAUGAUAUUACCCUCACAAAGGAGGGUUUGGAGAAUGGGCCCACCAUGAAUAACGGGAGUAAAAACACGGUGGUGACUGCGCCGGAGCCCGCGGCGGCGCCGGUUAGCGGCGGAGAUGUGGAGGCGAGUAAGGUGGGGAACACGUGGUGCGUGGCCAAUGAGAAA